AUGAUUUCGGUGCCAUGGGACUCUCCCGAGGAAGACAAGCGCGCCAAGUACGACAGGCUGUCCAGCCUGCUGGGCAGGUGGUCGGGCAGGAGCAACCUGCGGCUAAACAACAUGGCGCUGAGGGAUGAGGGGGUUGUCAUGGUGACCCAUCGGUUUCAAGAGCUUCGCCCCCUCCACCACCUGCAGAGGUUGGAGCUAAGAAGCAACGAGAUCCGCGACCGGGGAAUGGGAACGCUCUGCGACUGGAUCAGCACGAGCAGGAGCCCGCUGAAGCACCUCAACCUCUGGAACAACGAGAUCGGGCCCGACGGGGCCGGUCGGCUCGCCCGCAUCCUCAACGCGUCGAAGCUGGAGAUCGUCAACCUGGGGAAGAACAAGAUCAAGGACGAGGGUGCGACGCAGCUCGGGUUGGCGUUGGAGAGGAACCAGCGGCUGCUGAGCCUCAACGUCAGUGACAACGAGAUGACGGACGUGGGGGGCAGGAGCUUCACCUCCGCGCUCUUGAACAACCCCUUCGUGAGAGAGAUCGACGUGGCGCAAAACAACGUGUCCGCCAGGACCGCCAGGCACCUACGAGAAAUUCUUGCACUGAGGAACAACGGCAAUCCAAACGCCUCCCAGAGGUCGACAGAGUGGGUCGUACAGGAAGUGCCGGGAGCGAGUUUGAGCAGUGACAUCCCUCUGCCAAUCUUCCCAGAUCCAGAGUUGGAAGACUCGUUGGACUCGUUGGAGGAGAGGUCGAGCCCGCACCUGAUGUUGCAAGGAAAUACGGACAUCAGCAGUCUGUCGAACACGCAGGAACAAGACAGAUCGAACUCUAGUCAGGAGGAGGAUGAUACUCUGAAUGACCUGCAGAACAUCUCAAGCAUCCCUCACUCGGAAAAUUCUAUGGAUGGCAACUCUAGCGAUCAGAGAGUACAGGAUGCCACAACAAAUGAGAUUCUGGCACCAGAAUCCAGCAAAGGCAAGAAGGAGAAAGAGUACAAGAUCAUCCCGCGAGCAUCCUACCUCCUCUCGUUUGAUGACAACUAUCGAAAAUCAUUGAUCGACAAGCACAACAAACAACGAUCGAGCAAGAAUCAUGCCAACGUUUCAAAGCCUACAUCCAAGUCCACAAGAUCGUCAAAGUCUUCAGCGUCUGCUGAUCCUCCACCAGCGGAUCCUGCUCCAGCCCUGCACAAGCCGGAAGUAAAGAAGCAGAAAACCCUCAAACUGUCAAUUCCCUCAUCGGACAACUACUGCGGGAAUGUAGAUCAGAACCAGAUCAUGGGUAUCGGCGCAAGAAUGGAGAAGAGAGACUUGCUGAAUGGACCAGCUGGCUCUCCCGUCUCUCUUCGAUUCGCCCGACGGGAUCUGUCGUGCGCGGCUGAGAGCAUGAGCUUUUACAGCUUGACGACCCUGCGGGGAACGAAAGAAUGGUUUGAAGACUGGGAAACCAGAGUUUCACAAACUGUAUCACUGAGUAAGAAGGCUCCUGAUGAUGACGAUGAUGAUGAUGAUGAUGACGACGACGACGAUGAUGAUGACGAUGAUGUUGUUGUUGUUGAUGAUGAUGAUGAUGACGAUCAAUCAAAGGCGAGGAGCUGCAACAUCUCAGAGAACAAGUCAAACAGCUGGAGACUGACUUCUUGGCAGAUCAACUACGACGCAAGCGAUCAAGGAUGGAUCUCCAACGCAACAGGGGAGCUGCUGAAAGCCGUCAUCUUCGUGCUCGGGGAGGUGGAGGGGAUAGAAACCCUUUCCUUCCUCAAGGAGGAGGAGAUCGAGAAUCAGACGGGGGAGGAGUGGCUGACGAAGUUGUCCAGCCACCUCAAGUCAUGCGGAGAGAAUUGGAUCAAGAAAAUGGCCAAGGCAGAGGAGCAGGAUGUGGAAGCGCGUGAGGCGGAGAAGGGACGCCUGCUCAGAGAUGUCGAGGAGCUCGCGAGGGAACUUGCAGCCUUGUCGGAGGAGCAAUGGAUUAUGUCACAUCAUAUGCUCGAAGACUAUAUCUUCUUGGAGAGUAGGAUCGACGAGCUGAAAACCAAGAAGAAGGCCCUUCAAGACUCGCUGGAGCGAUCGAGAGAGCAGCAGCGGCAGAUUGAGCUCCUGACCAAGGAGCUCAGCGAGAUAAACUUGUCUCGGAGCCAGGGAUAUCUCACCCUCAAGUCUGUGGUCGUUGCCGCCAAGGACGCUCUCAACACUUCAUGGGAGGAGAAGAAGGCCGGGGACCCGCCCGCCUGA